AUGCUGAACCGCAACCUCCCGUUCCACCUCGAAGACCGCACUGGUGAUUUCAUGGGGUCCGACUUCGACGAAAUCUACGACCGGCUCUUCCUCACUGUGUCUCGCCCAACACCCUCGCAUCCUGACGCGGAGACAACGCUGCUCGUCUACGACACCGGGCGGCGAUCGAGUAGUCGACGACAAGCACAUGCGCCGCGCGACGUACAACCCACGGUCGUGCUUGAGUUUGGGGUCGGAGGCGCGCUUGGAACGAUCACGUUCGUGCGCUCCGGGUCGGGCGUGCCCAUGAGCCACUUCCUGAGGAGGACAUCCAUGUUCUCGGGGUCACUAUCGCGCAAGUUCACGGCCUCGAACGGGGAGGAGUACCGCUGGAUACAUCGCGCAGUCAAGGAUCAGGAGUGGGCGUGCGUCGACUCGCACGACUACGUCGUCGCGCACUACAACCUCCGCCCGCCAGAAAAGCCCGCGUACAACACCUCGGGCAACCUGCUCACCAUCUACGAGCCGUUCACGCACCUCGCCGUCGAGAUCCUGGCGACCCUGACAAUCAUGCGCUACCUAGCCGCGCACAAGUACUAG